AUGGGACCACUUCCUCUUGGAUGGGCAACAUGUGUAUUGGGCACCCAUCCUACCCUGUGCAUAGAUCCGCCACAUAGCCUAAAAUAUGGUGCAUGGAAAUCAAUUCAAGACUUGCCUCUCAAGGGUCUUGUAUUUGACUCACAGGGUGUGCUUUUACAGCGUGCUUUAGAUUGGUUGACGCUUCAAGAAACAUAUGGUGAACGGAUGUUAAAUAUUCUAACCUUCGAUCUUGCAAGCGAGGAGUUUUGCAAGUUUCCUCUACCCGUCCAUAUAUUUCCUCCUCCCAUAUCUGAUCCGGUUCACAAUGGCAAGCCUUUAUUGCUUUCAAGUUGUGGUAAAAUGGUACUUUUGGAAAAGAACUACAGCCGUCUUGUUGGUACGAUCUACAGAAUGAAACGCGCAAAAUGGUUCGAAGUCCUAUCGCUCAAUCUUUUUGCACAAUUAUUUGUGAGGAGAGCAUCCAUCUUCUUGGAAGUUAGGAGGAGGUGUACAAUGUCUGAAGAUGUUUUGAAGUCUAGAAUUGAUCUUCUUUUUUUGCCAAAGUUGGGAAUGGGGAGGGGGAAACUCACACGCACAGGGUGCGCUGUUCUUAUGAGUUGA